CAUGGCUAUACAUAUGGAUACUACCCGACGAUAGAACAUUACUGUACUGGUAUAAGUACUGUCUGCACCUAUAGGGCCCUGCUCCGUGGCUAAGAAGACGAUAAACGAGUCAAAAAGAUAACUCAAUAAGGUUGGCACAUUGCCAAACCUGCCCUGAAGUGGCGCAGAGCUUAAAUUCCUUUCACCUUCACCCUCGUCACAUCUAUGCCUCCGAGGACCACAAUUCGUAAAGAAGAGUGGGAGCGACGUCUACGCGAGGUUCAGGUCACAAAAGAUGACUUGAACCGACUUAUUAUGGACUACCUCGUUAUCGAGGGAUACAAGUCUGCCGCAGAGGAAUUCAGCGAUGAAGCCAAUGUUCCACCACCUGUAGACUUCGAGAGUAUCGAAAGUCGCAUGGUCAUUCGAGAAGCCCUACAACGGGGCGAUAUCGAGGAGGCUAUUUCCCGCAUGAAUGACCUGAAUCCUGAGAUCCUUGAUACGAACCCUGCAUUGUAUUUUCACCUUCAGCAGCAGAAGCUAAUUGAGCACAUUCGGCAUGGGCGUAUCACAGAGGCAUUGAAAUUUGCACAAGACGAACUCGCGCCAAGAGGUGAAGAAAGUCCGGAGUUUCUUGCGGAGCUGGAACGUACGAUGGCACUUUUGGCGUUCGACUCUUCAUCCUCGGCACCUCCAGCUAUUUCCGAACUUCUUUCGCCCGCACAGCGGAUGAAAACUGCGGGCGAGGUUAAUGCCGCAAUUCUUGAAAGUCUUAGCCAGGGAAAAGAGGUAAAGCUGGUGCAGCUUUUGAAGCUUUUGUGUUGGAGUGAGGGGAUGUUGGCAGAACGUGCAGAUUUUCCCAAGAUUGAUCUUCAAGAGGGAUUAAUGGUGACGGGGAGAAAAAGAAGCAACAGCAACAGAUGAUUCCAUUAUGCGAGAAUGAAGGACACUGUACAGUAUAGCAGAGGGUGUUACAGGACGUAAUAUGGCCGAGUUGAACAUGUGAUGAAUGGGCACUGGCCUCAGUUCUAAGGAUACGAGAUUGUUCCUGACUGGCCUGUAGGAUUACGGCCCCGUGGAAUAACCGUUGUUCACUGAUCUAACUCGGUUUAGCCACGGUGAGAGUAACCCGCCGGGGUUGCGACUUGAUGGUAAAACGAAGAACAACGGCAAGAACAAGGAGGUACCAUAACCACAUGCAUGGCGGCCAUGAGGCAGUUUGAUAUAUACUAUCGGUGCAUAUAUAUAUGAUAGAAUUGAUUUUUUUGGGGGUUUUUGUUUUGAAAACUCCCCCUUGAAGUUUA